AUGGGUACACCAGGGGAUGAUGGCAGGGAUAUCAAUCCUAAUCACCAUAAUGAAAAUGAUCACAUUAAUCAGACUCAGUUAGAAUAUGGAAAUACAACAAAUAAAGAAGAUAAUCUUGAGGGUUAUCAUCGAAAUUCGAAUAAACAAAAAUAUGAACCAAGUGAUAGAAAACAACGUCAACUUGAUUCAUUUCCACCUUUUCGUAUUACGAUAAAAGAUUGUCAGUAUCCAAUACAAGAUAUCGCCAUCAUCAAAGAUAUGAAUAGAAAGUGUAAAUUAAAUCUUACAUAUGGUCGUAUGUCAUCAAAAAGUAAUCGCUGCUACCUACUUUAUUGUAACACGUCGAUGCAAUUUGAAUAUCUGUUGGAGAAAGCAAAAUGGCCAGAUAAAAUAUGUGAUUUGGAAUAUACUUUUGAAACACCUCGAAUAAUUCCCUCAUCAUACUCUAGUUAUAAUACGUAUUGGGAGAAAGGAACAAACAAUUUUGGAGGUGUUUUAAUAGCGGUGCACCGUUCUAUAUCGGUUCAGAAGGUAGAUAUAUUUCAACAUCUGCCCAAUGUAAUUGUUCUUGAUAUUGGUACAACUGCAGAUAAAUUUCAACUAGCAACAUGUUAUUCUCCUCCAAACGAAAAUCUACCUAUAUCUUUGUUUGAUAAAAUCUUGAAACGAAAUAUAAAUACCGCUUUACUUGGUGAUUUUAAUGCUAAACAUCAAUCAUGGUCCAGUACAAUUGAUAACCAUAAGGAACGAGUUCUUUUCAAUUGGUUGUCAAUAAAUGCACUAGUUGUCGUCAAUAAGUGUGUACCAACAUCUACUCGUUCAAAUGCAACGAUUGAUUUAAUCUUAGCUCCUACACAUAUGAUAGCAUCAACAUCUUCAUUUUGUGUUUUCCCUUCCAUCGGCAGUAAUCAUUUUCCUGUCUUAUUGAUACCGACAAACAAAUUACAUAAACGUGAUUGUCUUUAUCCGAUAAAACGUACAUAUUGGACAUUAUUUAAAUUAUUCCUAGUAUUUACCUUUUCCUUUUGGAAUGAUCUGUCUUCUAAAACUGAUGAUACUAUGCAUUUUUUCAGUACAUAUGAACGUUUUCUGGCAUUGUUGGCGUCUAGGUUAACUUAUGUAUCUUAUUGCAACGAAUACAAGCCAUCACUACCACCUCAUAUAAUUAAUCUAAUGCAAUAA